AUGCCCAACACGGCUCCUGCCCAGCCCCGGCCAGACGAGGCUCGAUGUUAUAACUGUGGUACUGCUGGCCAUUGGGCUAUAGCAUGCCCCGAGCCUACGCGGGAAACUCCAGCUGGCCUUGCAGCUUGGAGGAACGCAAAUACUUCAGGACAUGGCGGCAAUAGGGACAAUCACGGUGGCUCAAAGAAGUCGAAAGGGCCUAUUAUAACCAAAUACACUCCUGCACCUGUCCCAGCCCCGGUACCAGGAGUAAAUCGAUAUGGCCCGCCUCCGGGAUACGGACCUCCGCCGACACCAUAUACAGGAGGACCUCCUUCCUAUCCUCCUCAUUACCCUCCUUACGGAAGCCCAGCAUCUAGUUAUGCACCUGGAUACUCACCUCCGGGCUAUUCUAACCCUUAUCCUCCACCUUCCUAUGGUGGCCCGCCCCCAGGUCUACCAGCGCCUCCUCAUAGACCACCGGGCACUUACAAUUCACCCCCGCCGCCCCAACCUCCGGGACCAUCAUCGUACUCACGCCCUUACGGACAUCCUCCGCCUCAUCAAGACCAUACACCAUACGCUCAUCAGCCUCACUAUCCUUACCCUCCACCUGCUUCAGCACCAUAUGGGCAUCAUGCUCCGCCGCCGUCAUACCCACCUCCGUUCCCCCCUCACACCGCACCACCUACAUAUGGACACCCGCCACCUCCUAGGCCACCUAUCCCUUCUCCAGUGCCCCCAAAAGUAUGGCCAAAGCGAUCAUCUGGAUCACCUCCUGUACCGCGUCAAAGUCCUGCCUCAACAUUAUCUUUGCCCGCUUCGUUACCCCCGAAGCCUCCUUUGCCUCCAAAACCUCCACAGCCCCAUGGACAGUCCAAUAGAGGUCGUCGAGACUUUCCCGACCACUCUCGUGAUCACCGGAACAAACGCAAGAACGAUCGACAUAAUCGUAACCAUGACAAUCGACAGAAGAAGAAUCAACACCCUCGACAAGAACAAAAACCGCAAGGUGGCAACAGCAGACAGCCUGACUCAAAGCCAGCUAACCUCCCUAAACCCCUUCCGUCUCCAAAGCAAGAACAAAAGAUUCGAUCCAUCUCGCCUACCAAACAAAAGUCAAGUACACCUUCAGGAACACCUGAAACUAAGAAGGCUCAAGUUGAAAGUCCUGUUAUACCUGAUUCAUCACAGAAACAAGAACCGAAAUCAAAACCAGAGGAAGAACCGGUACCGGUAAAUUUGCCCGAGAAGGCCAUCGAAGACGAGUGGGAAUGGGAGAAGGAGACAAUCUUUAAAGAAGAAGAACCCCAUCAUCCCCCAGAUGAGGUUGGCAAGCCAUUGCCUGCAGAAUAUAAUGACGAGGUGCUUCUUCCUAGAAAAUGGGAUGCGAAAUGCAUCGAAUCAGUUUACAUCCAAGCUGACAAUAUCGAGGAAUAUGUCAAACCGAUCCAUGAAACACCGUAUUGGCCAGACGUCGAAUUCGACCCCGCGUUUGUACGGGAUGGUAAGCUUCCUAACGGGGAUCCCGUCUCUGAGCUCCCGUCCAAGGUCGAUCAAAGUGCUCGGAGUGAAAGGUCCGAAAGUGGGGAGGUUAUUGAACAACACCCCAAACGAGGUCACUCAGAUGACGAUAAUUAUGUCGAACGACCAUCGAAGAGGCAACGAUCUCGGAGCUCUUCCAAUGUGAAGCGCAGAGGAUCACACGACGCCUAUUCGGGUUCACAUGAUACCUACGAGCCCAAGAGGCAUAAACCACGUCGCGAAAGCUCCGAAUAUCGGUCAACAAAUUUCCAUAAUGUCGAUGACCAUCGGCGAUUAGACAGGUACCAUCGAGAUCGCGAUAGGGAUCGUGGCCGCAGUCGUAGCCGCAGCCGCAGCCGUGGCCGUGGCCGUAGUCGAAGUCGCAGUCGAACACCAGCCUCACGAGACUCUUCGGUGUCAGCUGCAUCGUCAGGAUUAGAUUCCUUGGAAGCUGAAUUGCUCGGACGAGAUUCAAAGGCUAAAACACCUGAAGAGUCCCCCAGGCGAAAACCAUCAUUGUCAGGAUUGAAGCCUAAACGCCGUCAGACAAAGCUCGAUUCGGCUUAUAGCCGUCGGUGGUAA